AUGUUGUGGCUCAAGGAAAGCGACGUUUUCGACUCAAAGUAUCUCUCAGAAAUACAAGUCUUUUUAUGUAUCAGUGAUCUACAGCUACAGUGUACUCUCUGGGGUGAUUAUGCGAAACAAGUGUCUGAUUAUGUUAAGCGUAACUCUGCAUCAGUUGUUUUGAUUUUGAUCAGACUUGCUUGCAUCAAAGAGUAUCGUGGUGAGGUUAGUGUUUCGAAUGCAUUCAAUACGACUCUCAUCUUGAUGGAUCCAGUAACAACAUACGCAACUAGAUUUCGAUCAGAGUUGCCAAAUGAUAGAUAUAUACUUACAUCAGUCGAAGAGGAAGCUUCUAAGGAUUCUGAUGAGGUUUUGAUGGAGGAUUUUUUUGGUGAUAAUAUCUAUAGGAGAACGUUAGAUGGUGUUCACAAUGCCAGCAGGGUUGGCAAGUACGUGAUAUUGGUUAGUGUGACUUCGAUAGGCAAUAGUAAUAGUUGGUAUUACAUUGCAUGCAAAACUUGCAAUAAAAAGGUUUAUCCGAUUCCACAGAAGACCAGUGAUACUAGCCCUUCUUUGUGGAAAUGUGUGAACUGUUUGAAAAAUGUUUCAGAUGUCACUGUUUGCUUUUUCCUUAUGUUGAAUGUCACCGAUGGCGAUGGUGGUUUGGCAGUCUUUCUUCUUUUUGAUCAAUAUGCUCAAAGGUUACUUAAGAAGACAGCUGAAGAAGUUUACGAAGAGUUAGAUGGGGAUGAUUCAUCUGCUCUUCCGACUACUUUAAGAGAGUUAUCUGGCAAGGAGUUUCUUUUCAGACUAUCAGUGUCCGAUGAUAAUAUUAACAAGAUUAAAACUUCAUUUGUUAUUGACAAGUUUACGACAGAGGACCAUUUAUUUGAAAUCUUCCGUGAUCAGGCACCAAUUUCUUUGUCAAGUUCUAUAGAAGAAUCCGAAAGUUCUCCUAUCUCGCCAGCUAUUCCAGUCUCAAAAAGGAUGAAUGCUGAUAUCAGUGGAGAUGUAAUGGGAACCGUGUUGAAGAUGGGUGAUCUCUGUGAGAUCAACAGCGAUGCUUAUGAGGAUAAUGCAACAUAUGUUCGAUUCGAACUUCUUGACGCAGGGUAA